GUGACAGUUGAGACAGACUCACUCACUGUGGACAGACCGAUCUCAGACUGAGCAGCACAAACUCUAAGAGAAGUGAGACUGACACUACAGGGAACUGGAACAACUUCAAAGCAGAGAAGCAGGAAGCAUCUGUAGAAUUUAAACUCCAGCUCCCAGCAUCUAGAGUAGUAUUUUGGACCUUUUUUUUUUUUUUUUUAAAUUUGUGCCCAAAUUGAACCGAGAUGGAUUCCGACUCUGGCUCCAUCUGCAGCCGCUCCUCGUCCCCGGACCUGGUGGUGGACGACUCUGCUGGGAGCUUCUUCUCCAACAAGAUGUUCCAGACAUACUGCCAAGAAAACAGAGCAGACAGCGAGGCCAGCCAGGGCAGGAUGGAGCGCUGCAGUGGGGGCGGUAAGACCAAGAACAGGUCUGAGCUCAACAAGGAUGAGGUGCAAGACCUGAGACUGAAAGUCAACAGCCGGGAGAGGAAAAGGAUGCAUGAUCUGAACCAGGCCAUGGAUGGGCUGAGAGAGGUCAUGCCCUACGCUCAUGGACCUUCAGUUCGCAAGCUGUCAAAAAUUUCCACCUUGCUGUUAGCUCGCAACUACAUCCUCAUGCUGUCCAGCUCCUUGGAGGAGAUGAAGAAGUUGGUGGGGGAUGUUUAUGGCGGCAGUGCUGCCGCCCAGAGCCGCACCGCUGCCCACUCCGCUAUCACCCCUGCAGCCCCCACUGCCCUCCACCCUCUGCAUCCUCUGGCCCAGUCUCUGCACUCUCUUGUGGCCAGCACGCCCUCAACUCUCCAGCAUCACUCACCUUCUCCUGCUGCAGCCCCAGCCCCGCACUCUCCUCCAUCCACCAGCUUCCUGGGAUUUCACGCUCCAGUCCAGGGCCUUCUGAAGGACCCCCUGCACCUAGCCAGCUCCUACAGGCACUUCCCCGGCAUGCCCUGCCCCUGUUCACUCUGCCAGCCUUUGCCCACCACUACCUCCACAUUACACAGCCUGUCUAUGACCAAGUGAGCAGGACUCUCUUAAAAAACUGACCUCAACUGUUUGUUUCCAAUGAACCAAGCAACUCAAAGGCUGUUAAACGAACUGCUACAAUGAUGGCUGGUGCCAGAGCUUGUACAUACUGUAUAUAUGUUCUGCCAUGCAAACUGCUGCUAUUUUUAUCAAUUAUCUUUUCUGCAUUGUUUAUAAAGAAAUAUUCUAAGUACAUGCAGGAUUUUACCAGAGUAGCAAAUACAGUAAUUUAUCUGAUAUUUGUGAUGAUGAAAUGUUGUCAGAAAUUGAACUGGUGUGUCCAAUUGUGCUGGAUUUCUAUUUUCCUAAAUUAAAAUGUUGCUAUGAUAAA